CUGCGGGUUCAUACAGAUCCAAUCCAGCGUUCUAGUAUAAGAACAUUUUCUUCGUCACCAUGCGUCGAGAAUUUUACAUGGCAAUUGCCAAUCUGAUGUUCCUUGGAACGGUAUCGGCAGGUGAUUGCCAGAUCUCUAUCUACGAUGCAGUCAGUCUGGGUAAUAGAGCAAUAGUCGAUGAUAGUGAUUCUGGGUCUACAUCCAUUACGAAUCGUUGGGAGGAAACGUAUGAUUUGAAAUUUCAAGUUCGUUACGAUUUCGGUUGGGGCACAGCAGUUAAGCGUGUCAAAGGAGCAUUAUGCGAUAAGAAGAAGAGUGACGUUCCGCCCUUGCGGACAUUCAUAGGCAAGCUACUUACUGAAGUCACCGGAUUAUCCAACUGCUGGGAGUGGCAAUAUGAUCGAACAGGGAAGGGUUCUCGGCAGGUCACUCUCCCUUGUGACAAUGUUGAAAACCAGCUGAUACAAUCGGGUGGUGAGACUAAUAUGGUCAUUGCACUCGUUGAUCGCGAUGGAGUUGGAUUCGGGGAAUACACUGGAACACUGGUGAAGAAGUAGUUGAGAUGGAGGCUUUCAAAUGACGCUUUUAAAAAAGGGUUGAAAUUUAAUCACACUUUAUAUGAGAGUGAAAUUGGACUCGAUUUAAGGGAAAAAUUAUUAUAAAAUUUAAGUUUUAUGUUGAAUUCAAGGUAAUCUAUGAAGUUUCAGUGGAAGCGCAUGGAAAAAAUGAAAUGGAGAAAGACUUAAGAUCUUAGGACUUUGCCCAAAACCCACCCGUGGGCGCUCGUCAAGUGGCAAAAUCCGACGUUUUUACUGGUUCUCUCAAAGAAAACGCUAGUUUUUGCCAGCCGAGGUGCACCCACCGGUGGAUAUUAGGGAAAACAUCUUUUAUUUUUUUUGUGUGAGACAGAAAUUUCACAACUUACUUGAAUUUUCCAUUGACCAUAAAUAUUCACUAUCAAAAUAUCCGGAAUUUCCAAUGUUCACUUGAGUAUCCAUAAUCUUUUUGAAUAUUUACGGAACAAUGGAAUAAAAAUUUACAGUUCAAUGGAA